AUGGCUCGUCCUAGAUUACCAGAUAGACCGCCAAACGGUAUUGGUGCAGGCGCAAGGCCCAGUCUUAGGCCAAGAAGAUUGGAACCCAACCAAUCCCUAGCCACAUUGACUAAACCAUUCAAGGUGCCCUUCAAAGUGAACAAAACCGACCAUGCUAAAAGGUAUGGUGUGAGAUCGUCGAGAAGAGCCCAUACAACAUACGCAAAUAUGGAUUUAUCGCUAGAUGCAGACACCAAAGUGAAACGGAAGGAUGCAUUGUCGCUAUCGCGACUGAAUGCAGAUCCCUCACGACUGGACACCAUAUCAUCCACUUUACGAAGAUCCUUCACGGUGCCCAUCAAGGGAUACGUUCCAAGACACAAUAUUCCGUUAGCGUUGGGAACAAAAGCCAAAAUCGUGAUACCCCCCAGACCAUUGCAUGAUCCCACAGAUGAGUUGGCUAUUGUUCUAUACGAUCCAUCGGUGGAUGGUGACAUCCCAGAACAACAUGAAGACAUGGAAUCGUUCAGACAGAGCAUGGUGGAGAAGAAACCAACGCCUUCCGGUAAGGGGAAAAAUACCACAAACUCAGACCCUGAAGCUCAGCAAACACAAGCAUCUGGUACCGGUGCUGCUGCUACACCCAAGAGCAAAGAGUCCUCCCCUGGUGCCUCGUUCCAUCAUCCUAGGAUGUUGUCCAAUGGGGUCAAGAAUAAAUCAUUACGGGAGCUCUUAGGAUCUGCAGAUGGUCAAGAAAAGAAAAAGUUCCCUAAUGUUCCAGUAGUGAUCGACCCUAAACUUGCCAAGAUCCUUCGGCCGCAUCAAGUCGAAGGUGUACGUUUUCUUUAUCGGUGUGUCACUGGUCUUGUCAUGAAGGAUUUCUUAGAUGCAAAAACUGUCUUGGACGGCAACCUGAAAUUGUCUGACACUGACGAAGAAUCGAAACCCAAUAAAGAAAGUUCAGAUGCAGCACCAGCAGCUACUACUACUACCAGUUCUGUGGCUCCGUCCCUCAAGGAUGUCAUCAAGGUAGAUGAAAAUUCAAGGAACAGAGGUGCUUAUGGUUGUAUCAUGGCAGAUGAAAUGGGGUUAGGAAAAACCUUACAGUGCUUGGCAUUGAUGUGGACAAUGCUAAAACAAGGUCCCCAAGGUAGAAGGUCCAUAGAUAAGUGCAUUAUUGUUUGUCCAUCGUCUCUUGUUAACAACUGGGCAAACGAAAUCGUAAAAUGGUUGGGUCCAGGGUCUCUUUCUCCACUAGCAGUCGAUGGUAAAAAAUCCAAUUUAAACAACGGCUCUGUCGCAGACGCAAUUAAACAAUGGGCCUUGGCACAGGGAAGGAACAUCGUUAAGCCUGUUCUCAUUAUUUCAUAUGAAACUUUGAGACGUAACGUCGAAUAUUUGAAGAACUGUGAGGUUGGUUUAAUGUUAGCGGAUGAAGGUCAUCGUUUAAAAAAUGCAGACUCUUUGACUUUCACAUCAUUGGAUUCGAUUAAAUGUCCGAGAAGAGUGAUUCUUUCUGGUACACCUAUUCAAAAUGAUCUAUCAGAAUACUUUGCUUUGUUGAACUUUUCCAAUCCAGGAUUGUUGGGUUCGAGAAACGACUUCAGGAAGAAUUUUGAACUGCCAAUCCUACAAAGCAGAGAUUCUUUGGCCACAGAAGAAGAAGUCGCCCUUGGUAAGGAAAGACUAAAACAACUCUCCAACAUCGUAUCAAAGUUCAUUAUUAGGCGUACAAAUAACAUCUUAUCCAAGUACCUACCUUGCAAGUAUGAACAUGUCAUUUUCAUUAACCUAACACCUUUCCAAAAAGCUGUUUAUAAACAUUUCACAGAAUCUAGAGCGGUUAAGAAAUUGGUUAAAGGUGACGGUAAUCAACCUCUAAAGGCUAUUGGCCUCUUAAAGAAACUCUGCAAUCACCCAGACCUUUUAGAAUUGUCAGAAGAUAUCCCUGGCUGUGAAGACUUGAUACCAGAUGACUAUCAAUCAUCUUCAUUAUCAACUUCAUCACGGCACCGAAGCGUUGUACAGACUGCUUAUUCUAGCAAAUUUGCAGUCUUGGAAAGAUUCCUAUAUAAGAUCAAGAAAGAAUCUAAUGAUAAGAUCGUUUUGAUUUCGAACUAUACCCAAACUUUAGACUUGAUAGAAAAAAUGUGUUACAGUAAUCAUUAUGGUGUUCUUCGUCUAGAUGGUACUAUGAAUAUCAAUAAGAGACAAAAAUUGGUUGACCGUUUCAAUGACCCUGAAGGACCAGAGUUCAUUUUCCUUUUGAGUUCAAAAGCUGGUGGUUGUGGUAUUAACUUAAUUGGUGCAAAUAGGUUGAUCUUGCUCGAUCCAGAUUGGAACCCAGCUGCAGAUCAACAAGCAUUGGCUAGAGUUUGGAGAGAUGGACAAAAGAAAGAUUGUUUCAUCUACAGAUUCAUCAGUACAGGUACAAUCGAAGAAAAAAUAUAUCAAAGGCAGUCCAUGAAAAUGAGUUUAAGUUCUUGUGUUGUGGAUGAAAAGGAAGACGUUGAACGUUUGUUCAGUUCGGAUAACUUGAAACAAUUGUUUACGUUUGAUGACAACACAAUAUGUAAUACUCACGAGACAUACAACUGUAAGCGUUGCAAAAAUGGUAAACAAAUGAUAAAAGCGCCUGUAAUGUUGUAUGGUGAUGCUACCUCGUGGAACCAUUUGGAUCACAGUGCAUUGGCAAAAACCAAUGACCAUCUACUAAAGAAUGAGCACAACUACAAAGAUAUAAGUUUUGUUUUCCAGUAUAUCUCCCAUUGA